AUGGUUAACAAGGUGCUUGCGGCCUUCGUGGUCACGGAUGGAUUAUUCGUCUCUAUGGGUGCUAUUAUGUUGGGUUUCUCCGUCAUCGUCCAGCAAACCUGUUUCAAUACGCCGACCGAUGGAAAUGAGGCAGCCCGCGAUCUUCUAUACCAAAGAUUUCCCUUCACUGCCGGAAUCGUCAACGCCAUCUUUGUAUUGGUAACCUUCCUGGUCACGAUCCCCUCGCUAGCGACAAAUAACCGGAGCUGGUUGAAGCUUGCUAUCUACAUGAUUGUAGUGGAUGCUGUCUUCACCUUGGGUAUCGGCGUGGAUCUGUGGAUCAUAACUUUGAAGAUGAAGGCCGAAUUUCAAUCAAUCUGGUUUUCCCAACCGUCCAAUGUUCAAGAGCUGAUGCAGACUGCUUUCAGCUGCUGUGGCUUUUUUAACAGUAGCUCUCCUGCUUUUAUCACCGAUGCGACCUGCCCUAGUCCUGCUGCUGCCGCCCUUAUGAGGGGUUGCGCUACCCCUCUCACCUCAUUCGGAAACACGUUCGUGGACAACAUCUUCACAGCUGUCUUUGGUAUGGUCGGUAUCGAUACAAUACUGAUCAUGGCUAUCGCUUGCCUACUCAAGGACCGAAAGGAGCGGGAACGAUUCCGGUACAUCGACGAGAAGAGCGGUGCCCGAAGCACUUUCUAA